GUGGAGUAGUUUUGAUCAUGCUGGGAUUUAUAGAAUUUAUGAUAAUAUCUGUGUUGGGAUUAUUGUCUAUAAUCUAUAUCUUGGUGAAGGUUCGUGGUGGUGGAAAUUUGGUUGUUUGAGAAAUUUGAAAUAUCUUAAUGCUUGGACUUUUGCAUGCUGAGUUCGUAAAAGCUCUCUGUUUAAUUGCAUUGUUGUUACAUUUCGAACUUAAAUACUUAUGAUUAUUAAAAUUCUGAAUACACGGACUUAAUACUGUGUUAUAGAUAGUUGUUUUUGCUAUUGUUAAACCGGCUUUCUCACAGAUCAUGACUGAGUACAAGUUAGUUGUUGUUGGCGCUGGAGGUGUCGGAAAGAGUGCCUUGACUAUUCAAUUAAUACAAAAUCAUUUUGUUGAUGAAUAUGAUCCUACUAUUGAGGAUUCAUACAGGAAGCAAGUAGUCAUAGAUGGAGAAACAUGCCUUCUAGACAUUUUAGAUACUGCAGGUCAAGAAGAGUAUAGUGCUAUGCGAGAUCAGUAUAUGAGGACUGGGGAAGGCUUCCUCUUAGUAUUUGCCGUUAAUAAUACAAAAUCGUACGAAGAUAUUAGUAUGUACAGAGAACAAAUUAAACGUGUUAAAGAUGCAGAUGAUGUUCCUAUGGUUUUGGUCGGCAAUAAAUGUGAUCUCCCAAUGAGAAUGGUGCACAUGCAUGGGGCUGCUGAAUUAGCUAAAAGUUAUGGUAUUCCGUUUAUAGAAACAUCUGCCAAGACUAGAAUGGGUGUAGACGACGCCUUUUACACAUUGGUUCGAGAAAUCCGUAAAGAUAGAGAGCGUAAGGGAAAAGAUAAAAAGAAGCACAAGCGUAAGGGAAGAAAAAGGCGCUGUGUUAUUUUGUAAUGUUAUUUGGUUAUAGUUGAAGACAAAAGCUAUACUUUGCAGCCUGUGCUCUGAGCUAUAUCUCUGGAGCAUCCAUAAUACUUGAACUCAUUUCUAACAAAGUAAUUUCUAUGAAUGUAAGUUUUUGAGGCUUACAAGUGUUUAUUAUAAAUACAAAAACAGCACUGUGUUAAAAAUGAAGCACUUUGCAUCAACUGCUAAGAAAAUUUGAAUUAAUGGACUGACAUUUUUUUUUUCUGUGCAUCUGGAAGUGCCAAAAAGGUACUUCUCACAAGCUGUGAUUCCAUUUAAAGAACAUUUCUUUUUAGAAAUUUCAAUUUUUUUUCCAUUAUAUCUCAUUCUUUGCAGUUCACUGUUACUUAUACAAUUUAGCACAAGCAUUUUUUAGAACUGUGCAUCAAAGGGAUUAAUUAAUUUGAAGGAUAACUGCCAUUUAACUAUAUUUACUGCACAGUGUUGUAUUGUUUAUCAUCUCAUGUGCUUUUUUUUUUUUUAGAAUCAUAAUUUUUUCAAGACUGUCAACUUUUACUUCCUAUAGAAAUUAUGAAUUUUAUCACUAUUUUAGAAUGCAUGAAGUUUUUGUGGUUAUUACGUGAAUAAAAUUUUUAAAAAAAAUUGGCAAUAUAUUUUAAGGUGGAAUCUUAAAGUUGGCAGUUUUGUUUUCAGUAUUCAGGGGUGAUUUAAUUAAGGAUUAAAUAUUAAUCUUUCAGUAUUUUCGUAUCUGUGUAAUUUGUGCCAUGUCUUAUAAGAUCCAAAUUAUCAGUAAUCUGGAUUGUAACAUCCUACUAGGAUGUUUUAGCUUUUGUUACUUUUAUUUUGUUUACGUCUAAGUAAUUGGUUUACUUAUAAUCAUUAAUUUCUUUUGUUUACUUGACAUGUGUUAUUCAACUUCCUGUGUAUAAUUGUUAGUAAAUGAAUAUUACUAUUAAAACUUUUACAUGAAUUUGUUAAAUCACAAGCUUAACUGCUUAUACAAAUUAUGCAUUAUAAUUCAAUCACUUUGAAACGUCUGCUCUUUGUAAUGUUUUAGUAGUACUUUUUUCUAUUUUUAAUUUGAUUUAUUUAGUCUAUUGUGAAUGAAAUCAUGAUUUUUAUUUAUUUUGCUUGUUUUGUGUUCAAUAAUAAGUAUUUGGAUCAUAAUGCACAGUCUCAAAAAUAAUCAUUUUGCUCAUAAUUGCUCUGAAUCAUCACCCCUGAAUCUUUUCAGCUAUUUUCCCAUCAUGUAAUAUAUUUGUGGUUUUAUUAAUGCUUAUCUCAAUCUUCUAAAUAUUAUAAAUACUGAAGCUAGACUUUCAUGUUUUAAAUAAUGUUUUGUCCACAUACUUGCCCAAGAUCCCUUGAGUAGUUAGGCAUUUUCUGUAGGUUUUAUAGAUUUAUAGCUACAUAAACUUAAAUUGUAUGUAUGGGAAAAAAUUUCAAAGGUGCUAAAAAUAAAACUUUUUAUCUCA